CUGGGGGCCAAUUCUCGGCUUUAGAGAUGAUGUCGAACUCGACAAAAAUGUCUAAUGACGUCAUUUUUUCGUCAAAUUUUAAAAGUUGCUAUUCUGGAGAUGUCGAAUGCGACAUUUGUCGAAGGCUAACGUUAGAGUUCAUGUCGAGUGCUUCUGAGCAGUAGAGAUGGCAUGUCGAUUGUAGAGAUACGCCAUUUCUGUGAAUUCGUUGAGUUUCGAAUUGUACAGUGUUUUCUUUUCUUUCGUUUUAAAGUAAAAUACGGCUUGGCAUCUUAUAAGUAUGAACAUUGGAAAUUCAGUAUAGACUCUUCAAUUUGUGUAUUGUGUUUUCUUGAAACGACGACAGUCUUUAAUUUGUGUACCCACGAUUGGACUUGAAACUUGAAACAUGGACGAGUUUAUUAAUAUUUUUAUCUUGGAGAUGUUGGAAAGUGGCGAGCGACUGGCCAAUACACGGCGGCAACAGCGCACUUAUCCCGUCGUCGAUAUUUACGACUUGAGCGAUAGCGAAGUUGUUAAAAACUUUAGAUUAAAUAAAAAUUUAAUCAGAGUUUUAAUAGACCUAUUGGCUCCUGUAAUUCAGGAUACCACAAAAAUAGACCUAAAAACGAAGGUCCUAUGCACUUUACAUUUUUUGGGUACAGGGAGUUAUCAAACUCCAACUGGGAACUUAAACAAAAUAAAUGUGUCCCAGGCAACAACCUCCCGUUGCAUAAGUGAUGUUGUGGAAGCAUUAAACCAUCCAAACAUUUUUCAUGAAUGGGUGAGAUUUCCAAGAACGUUGCAAGAGCUUCAAACAAUAGCCUUAGACUUUUACAACUGCUAUGGGUUUCCUGGAGUGAUAGGAUGCAUCGACUGCACACAUGUUGCUAUUGUGCCUCCUCCGGGAACUACGCAUGAUGAGAGAAGCUAUGUUAAUAGGAAGAACUUUCACUCCAUUAACACGCAGUUGAUUUGUGAUUCCAAAAUGAAAAUUUUGAAUGUGAAUGCACUAUUCCCAGGCAGUACACACGAUUCCUAUAUCUGGAGCAACUCUACAGUAUUGCCUGUACUACAAAAUCUCCAUAAUGCUGGAUAUACAAACUAUCACUUAUUGGGUGAUAGUGGUUAUCCCUUGAGGCCAUGGUGUCUAACACCCAUAUUGAACUUGGAGGAGGAUGAUGAUGAGAAUAGGCCUGCAUUUCUAUACAAUGAAGCACUUCAGAAAACGCGAUCAACUAUAGAGCGUUGUAAUGGAGUGCUAAAGGGACGAUUCAGGUGUCUUUUGAAGGACAGAGUGUUACAUUACACGCCUAAUAAGGCUACCAAAAUAAUUAACGCCUGCUGUGUAUUACACAAUUUAUGUAUAGCCCACAAUUUUGAACUUACUGAUAUGCUUGAAGAGAGUGAGUUAGGCAUAAUUAAUAUAGACCCUCCACCCACAACAGGAGGUAAUAUUUAUUUAAAUUUAGGCAGAAAUAAA